ACGAGGUUCUUUUGGCCGACCGGAAUGUUUAGUAGCGUACCAGCCAGUGCAACCUUCAUGUGGAUUCGUGUUGGUUACAAAAGUGUAGCCUAGAAACGUUAAAAUAUUUUACACGGAUAUAUACUACUCUAAAAAUUUAUCAUGUCGGACAACGAAGACAACUUCGAUGAUGGAGAUUUUGAUUAUGCAGAGGAGGACGAAGGACUAGACGACCUGGAGAACGUCGAAGAUGAGGAUCAGGAGAAUGUGCAGAUCCUACCUGCAGGAGAAGGCCAGCAGGCCAACCAGAAGAGGAUCACCACACCGUAUAUGACGAAAUACGAGCGGGCCAGAGUGCUAGGGACCAGAGCCUUGCAGAUAGCGAUGUGUGCUCCUGUCAUGGUGGAGCUGGAGGGAGAGACUGACCCUCUGCAGAUCGCUAUGAAAGAACUUAAGGGCAGAAAGAUCCCCAUCAUCAUCCGCAGGUACCUUCCUGAUGGGAGUUACGAGGACUGGGGCUGUGAUGAGCUCAUCAUAACUGAUUAAACAUCCUAACCAGCAUCACACAUCAUCAUCUCUGGACUUUUAGAGACUCACUAACUUUUACAGAGUUGUACGUUUGCCUGCUGGGAUCCGUUUAUGAAUAUGUUGUUUUAAUUUCUUUUCACCAUUUUAACAUCUACUUGAGGAGGAGAGACGAGAACCUUUAGUUAAAUACUUUUUAUGCAUCCGUGAUGAGUCUAAACGGCUUGUUUUGUUUUUCGGAAGAGACGGUGUAAAUGAAUGUUUUAUUGUUAAUAAAGUCAUUUCUAGAA